AAUUGUGAUAUUGUGCGUGAAUUAAUAAUUUAAUAUAGCACAUACAUUUAGUACUAAACACGGGUGGACAAACAGUACAAUAUUUUAGCAUAUGCCUAGUUCAAUAAAACAUGAAUAUAUAGAAACGCAAUAGUCAUGUCACUUGAAUAUUCGGCAUCACCAGUGUGAGCACAACCAUCGCCAGCAGUGGACUAUGUGCGUUAUCGAGCUACUAGGGGAUGCUCUGAAGCCAGCAGUGAAGUCAUAGUCCUGUAGUCGCAACCGCUGGUGGUGGCGCAGAGUAUCUCAUGGAAUAUAUAUAUAUAAAAAGAUAACCGGUACUGUUUUGCGUAUAUUUCGCGCUGCGCGUGGUCUAUCACUCAUCUGAAACGUGCAAUCGUUCGUACAACCAUACAAAUACUAGCAAUCAUUCGUGUUUGAUUUUACAGUUUCAAUUAUUAUAAUGGUAAUAUUAGUAUAAUAGUGCGGUACAAUUGGUUGUCUGCAGAGCAUAGAGAGUAGCGUGUAAUCAAACAUCCCUUUCGCUUGUUAUCAGUCGUAGACAGGCAGGAACUUAGGCUGCACUGCCUUGAUAGUACUAUAUUAGCAAAUGCGGAGCUGAAUGGUGAGAAGUUUAUGCUGCUAGUUUGGCGCGACAAAGUAAUAAUGUGAUGUGAGGCACAGAGCUGGAAUUAGCUAACAUAUUUGUCGAGUGUGUAGUUAUUCAAAAAUUAUCCAAUAAAUCUAGUUAUCUCAGUGAAUAACUGUGAAUCUGACAAACGCCAAAAAUGGAUGUAACUUACACCAGCGACAGCUGCGACAGCGAUUCGCGUGAGCAAAAAACCGUCGAUUUCGGUCAUGCCAAUAAGCGCCAUUUAGAUGAGGAUUUGAUGCGCAUGUGUAAAACGAAAAAGCUGGUAGAGGACAUCGAAACGGUAUUGUUGAACCACAACAACCUGUCCGUUGUUCCAACGUCGAUUGUCGAGUUUGGUAACCUACGUUUGCUGGACCUUAGUAACAACAAUCUGGCACAGAUACCAGCAGUGAUAACGGAACAAUGCCAGCUGACGACACUCAUCGUUAAGAAUAAUCGGCUUAGCAACAGCUCGUUGCCGAAAACGUUCCUGGCACUGAACAACGGCGGGUGCAGCGGUCUGAAGGAGCUGAAUUUGAGCGGAAAUCGCUUUACGCAUUUUCCGGAACAGGUGACGGAGCUGAAAGCGCUCAAAUAUCUGUAUCUGGGAGGCAAUCAGAUUACGAACGUAUCCAAGGAUAUUUGGAAACUGAGCAGCCUCCAACUUCUCUCGCUCGGCGGAAAUCUAAUCACCGAGAUUCCGGAAACUGUCGGGCUGCUGAACAAUCUCCACGCUCUCGUACUCUGUGAUAACCUACUCGAGGCACUGCCGAGCUCGAUCGCCCGUCUGGUCCACCUCAAGUCGCUGCUGUUGCACAAGAACCACCUCAAGCAUCUGCCGCGCGAGAUCAUCACUCUGAAAAACCUUACUGAGCUUAGUCUACGUGACAAUCCGCUGGUGGUGCGCUUCGUCAAGGAUAUGACACUUAAUCCACCCACCCUGCUGGAGCUUGCCGCACGUACAGUGAAGACCGCUUCGGUGCCAUACAGUCCGUUCGAUUUGCCUCGGGUCCUGAUUGAGUAUCUGCAGACGGCCAAUUGUUGUGUUAAUCCAAACUGCAAAGGAGUAUUCUUCGACAAUCGUGUGGAGCACAUCAAGUUUGUUGACUUUUGCGGUAAAUACCGUAUUCCUCUGCUGCAGUAUUUGUGUUCUUCAAAGUGUGUUGCCGAUACCAACUCUUCGGACCAACAUGGAGAACCCAGCAGCAGCAUGAUGCGGAAGGUUCUGCUCGGAUGAUUUUGGUUGUUGAGUUACGUUCAAAUUUGACCUCAAUCUAUUUGGGAUAUGAACGAGGACGUGUUACAUAUUUUUAAAUUGCACAGCUAGCCUAUCGUACUAAUAUACCCUCGUACUCGUACUUUCUUGUCGACCGAUACUAAAUAGCGCUAUUUACAAACUAAGCGUACGUUGGUGUGCGCUACCUUUUGCAUAAACACUUUAACAGCUGAGUAUCUGAUUACUGAUGAACAUUGUGAUUGGCUCAUAGAGCUUGUUGGGCUUGGGUACUGUAAUAAGGCCCUUCAAGUCCAAUAAAAAAAACUAUAUAUUGGAACAAA